AUAUAGCCUAUUUAAAAUACAUCAGUGAUGACGCAGUCGUCUGGGCGGAAGUUUGAUACCGCGACUCCGCCUCCGGCUCCACUGACGAUUCCUUCUGCGCAUGCCCAGGCUCCAAACUGACGUUUUUGCGUAACAUGUCAACGCCCAUCGUCGUACGUUUUACAUUCAGUUCAUCACAAUGGAAGGAAGCGGCGUCGCGGCGUCCAUCUUUUUUUACAGUCUAUGGACUGCAUGUGCGCAUUGGCUUGUCUAGCCUGAAAAAUAAGCUUUUUAACGCUAUUUGAGCAUAAGAAACAACAUUUAUGGGUCAGUUCAUGUCAGAUUUAGUUGCUGAUUUCAAAUAUGUAAUUUAAUUGUGAGUUCACCAAGCAGUUUUUGAGAUUUUAGGAUUCCCCCAUUCAAAUAGAUAUUUGGUCUUGGAUGGCCGUAAUAGCUGCCCGGAGGCCGGAGGCGUUGCAAAUAUGGCCGCCGAGUGAACAGACUUUCCUUGAAAGGGACUUUGGGGAAAGUCAGGGCAACUGCAGUGCGUUUUGUAAGAAGUUUGAGCUUCACAAAACGGAACAAGAAGUUUGCUAGUUGAACUACUCUUUAACCUGUUGCUAAAAAAGCAAGAGGAUUUUCCUGAUCCCUUAAUUUGAUUAUCCUCUCAGCUUCACAUCCAGCCCUCCAUUUACUGCCAGUCAUACAUACAAGACAGUGCUUCAGUUUAUUUGUAAGGCAUUCUUGCAUGCUAUAAAUUAGAUUAUUAUGAUUUUUAAACAUUGACAGGUGAAUUUACUUAUUUUUGCCACAGAAAUGGCUUUUCUUUUGGCAUUGUUAUGUCUUACAAGUGUUGCAAAUGUAAUAGGAAAGCAAAAGAUAAAUUCUGAAAAUAUAACACGGAUUCUAGACGGACUUCUUGAGGGCUAUGACAAUCGACUGCGGCCAGGAUCUGGAGUCUCUGUAACUGAGGUCAAAACGGACAUAUUUGUAACAAGUUUUGGACCAGUAUCUGAUGUUAAUAUGGAGUACACUAUGGAUAUGUUUUUCCGCCAAAUGUGGGUUGAUGAGAGGUUGGCCUUUCAGGGGCCCAUUGAAAUACUGCCUUUGAACAACCGCAUGGUGGACAAGAUCUGGACACCUGACACGUUUUUUCGCAAUGCAAGGAAAUCACUUGCACACAACACGACGACUCCUAACAAGCUGUUCCGGAUCAUGCAAAAUGGAACGGUCUUUUACACCAUGAGGUUAACUGUGAGUGCCGAAUGUCCAAUGGUGUUGAUGGACUUUCCUAUGGAUGGGCACACAUGUCCUCUCCUGUUUGGAAGCUAUGCUUACACUAAUCGUGAAAUUGUCUACACAUGGAGGAAGGGUCUUCAGGCAUCUGUAGAUUUUCCUCCAGAAUCGUCAAGCUUACUUCAGUACGAUCUUGUGGGCCAGACCUUGUUCACUGAAACAUAUAAAUUCAGUACAGGUCUGUAUUCUGUCCAGGUUGUCCAUUUCUAUCUUCAGAGAAAGCUUGGCUACCAUCUUAUCCAAACGUACAUCCCUUUGAUUAUGGUGGUUGUGCUGUCACAAGUCGCGUUCUGGAUCAACAAGGAGUCUGUUCCGGCUCGAACAGUGGCUGGAAUCACCACUGUGCUCACCAUGACGACUCUAAGCAUCAGCGCCCGCUCCUCACUGCCCAAAGUCUCCUACGCCACUGCCAUGGACUGGUUCAUCGCCGUAUGCUUUGCCUUCGUGGCGUCGGCCCUCGUUGAGUUUGCCGCGGUCAACUACUUUGCCACACUCGAGGCCAACAGGGAAAAACGCAGGCUCUCCAAGGGCUCCAUUCUGGAGUCUGUAGCCCAGGGCAGCGACGACGAGCCGGAGACGCCUCCGCCUGAUGGCUAUAGUCGGAGAAGACGGGCAGACUCCGUGUUUGAACAGCCCAGGACUCGCGUUCCCAUCUUCCUUCAGGGCUCAGCUGUCCCACCCAACAUGAUGCUGGCAGGCACCAGCGCCAUAGACACGUAUGCCCGCAUCCUCUUCCCUCUGGCCUUUGGGAUCUUCAACCUCGUCUACUGGUACAUCUACCUCAGCAAGGACACGCUGGAAAAGCCCAGGAAGAUGGAGUGAGUUUCUCCUGAGAAGCACAAGACAUAUUCAGCAUUGUCUACUCGGCUGGACCUCUCGGUCUCUCACUUUCGUCAUCUCGAAACUUCAUCCCUGAUGGAGCACGAGUCUGUCUGACACUGUUUGACGAGCAUUUGAUCCUGUUCCUUUUGAAUUUUAUCACCUACAUAUAUAUACUUUCCACUCCACUUGCCUUUAUAUUCACAGCCGAGGGCCACGUCGUUAUACUAACCCUCCUCUGGUUCUGCUCUAGUUCUUCUCUAGUUCUGCUCUUCUGCAUGUGUGUGUGUGUAGCAUUGAUGACAUAAUCUGCAGCUCUAACUGGUGAUGCAACAUUGAACCAAUGCUUUCAGUGGCCUGCCCUCUACAGAGAUGCGGCUCGCACUGCACUAGAUCAAAAGCAGUGGGUUUAUACUGACAGCUUCAAAGAUUUCGCCUUGAAAAUAAAGGAGGAAAAGUGUAUCCUCAGAACUGAACUUUUACCAACACCAUUCACACAGAAGCUUCUCCUGACGCGGUGGCGCUGUAAUAGAGGGAUGAAGUAAAUCUCAGCGUGGGGGGUGCAUGUUUAAUAUGUAUUCUCGGCUCGCGGUUUAUUUGAUGUUCUCUGAUGUUUCUCUAGUUCUCGGCUCUCUCUGUUGGGAGAACAUGCACAUGUCCAGGAAUGCAUGAUGAUUCAGACAACUCAUAAUAUAAUUAUGCUUAACAUCAUAAAUGGCUUUUCAAACCCAUUUGGAGGAGACAAUGCGGCACUGAAGAAUAAACAUGCAGGUGCUAAUGAACAUCUUAAGUACAUUCAUUUACUGAAUUAUACUUGCAUUGUGUGUAUAUGCAUUAGCAUUUUGCCUGAUGUAAUUAUAUAUGUUUGUUUGUCUGAACUCAUGCUAAACAUCAAAAGAGAAUCAUGUGUGAAUCAUUUGAUGCCUGUAAUGGCGCAUAAAUUACACAUUUCCUCUUUAAAUCAUGUCUAUAACACUGUAAAAUAUGAUUUUUCGAAGUUCUCAAUAAAGAUUAUUGUUUUUGCAAA